UUACAUCAGUACACUUACAGUUUACAAUUUAUUAUUUAGCUAAUAUUAUGCUUUAAGAAAAAUUUAGGGUCUUAUUUACAAUGGAUCAGAAUACUCGAUCUAGAAGAAUCGAUUUAGAUGUAGAUAGUUUCCGAAGUGAUGAACCAGAUUAUGACAGAGCUCGUAUGCGGAGACAAUCAGGCGGCUUCGUCGACUUGGGAAAUGAAUCACAAUAUGGAACGGGUGGGCAUCAAGCAUCAGGUGCAAACGAAAUCUUUGCUGACGUACAGGGUGACGUGCCUUGGUGGAAAUCAAACUUUUUCAUAUCGCAGCCAGUUCUUUUUGGAACUUGGGAUGGAGUAUUUACAUCGUGUCUUAUAAAUAUUUUCGGCGUUAUUGUCUUCUUACGAUCUGGUUGGAUGGUUGGACAAGCUGGAUUAGUAAAUGCAGUGUUAAUAGUCAUUUUUGCAGUAUUUGUAGCUUUGAUCUCAGUGUUGUCAGCAGUAGGGAUAUGUGAACGAUGCAGAAUAGAGAGUGGAGGAGUAUACUUUUUACUUGCUCAUACAUUAGGCUCCAGGCUGGGAGGAGCACUAGGAAUGAUUUACUGUUUUGGUCAGGCUGUAGGCUGUGCCUUAAAUGUGUUUGGAUUUGGAGAAUCCAUGGCAGACUUGGUAGGAGCUAAUGACUAUUCUCCGUGGGCUGCUCGUGGGUUUUCUAUAGCUGCAGUGUUGUUACUAGGCACUAUAAAUGUUGCUGGAGUAAAAUGGGUUAUCAAGUUACAGUUUGCACUUCUUUUGAUCAUUCUGGUUGCUGCCCUGGAUUUCUUUGUUGGUUCAUUUACUGCUACACCUGAUGCUGAAUUUAAAGGUUGGCUUAGUGGAACUAUGGCCAAUAAUACCUGGGCUGACUAUCAAGAAGACUAUACUUGGUUUAAGUGUUUUGGUGUUUUUUUUCCAACCAUCACUGGAAUUCUGGCAGGCAUUAAUAUGAGUGGGGAUUUGAAAAAUCCCUCUAUUAACAUACCCAAUGGUUCCUUAGCAGCUAUAGGGACAGGCACUUUCUUGUAUCUGAUGUUCAUAAUCACUUUAGCAGCAACAGUCAGUCGAGAUGCAUUAUUGAAAAAUUUUUCAAUCACUGCAGAUAUAUCUGCGGUAACAGUUUUGCUUCUUGCUGGAUUGUAUGUUAGCUCUAUGAGCUCCUGUCUCGGUGCUAUGUACGGCACUCCAAGGGUCCUGCAGAGUAUUGCUAAUGAAAAAGUCAUACCUGGUUUAGAGGUCCUUGGCCAUGGUAGAGGUCCAAACAAAGUACCCAUACAUUCAAUGAUAGUAGUAGCAGUAGUGACCGUAACAUUUAUCAUCAUUGGAGAUAUUAACAAGCUUGCACCAAUAGUCACUAUGCCUUUUCUGAUCACUUAUGCUAGCAUUGACUAUUCUUAUUUUGCUCUCGCCCAAACCUUUGAUUUGCAACAUAAAAGAGAAAUGAGAUUUCAAGGACAAUCUCAAAGAGACACGCACGUGUAUGGGGCCACAGGAAGUGACUUAGAUCUUCUAUUUCCGGAAAGAAUACGGCAUAAAACUGUGGGAGAUUUCACACCUUCCCCGACUGAUUCGGCCAUUAUGAAUGGAAGGCUCGCAAACGGCGAUGCACGGCGGGAGGACAUUAGUGUACACUCAAAAAACAAAAAUUGGUACUCGCAUCUCUGCAAUAGAUGGCUGUCAUUAAUAGGAGUGGCAAUAAAACUGCUGCUAAUGGUUCUGGUCAACUGGAUAUAUGCGCUGGGUUGUUUAUCAAUUUUGUGGCUCCUAUGGUUGUAUAUCGGCGCUGCUAAUCCAGCUGUGAAACCCGGCCGAGCGUCUGAGUUUAGAUUUUUCCACUGGUUAAAAAUUGCUUUUCUUCAAGCUAUAGGAAAGCGACCGCUAGAGUACGAACAAUUGGUUGUAACACCAGUGCAUUCUGAUAUUCCGGUGGAACAAGAGAGGCUCAAUGAUGACAACGAAGACUUUGCCUCCCGCAGACGUUACCAUCAAUCAACAGCUCUGCAAAGUCAUCUUGUCAGUGUAUAAUAAAUAAAAAUAAUAAAUUGAACUUUAUAUUUUUUCAGGUUAGGUAUUCAUUUCAUUAUCAUAUUGUAUUUAUUGAUAAUAUUUUAAGUAAUUUAGUAGGUAAGCAAUAGAUAAACUCUAGAGCUUCAAUGCUAUUGACUGACAUUUUGGAUAUUUCCUUUGUUAUUUGUGAUUGUAAAACAUUGCUGAUAAUGAGAUUAAUG